UCUUUGCUUUAUUGAAUCUUUUGAUUAUUCUCCGCCGGGCCCAACGUUGAAGUCUUCAUCAGGGGCACGUUCACCGGCCCGAGAUUCUCCGGCGAUUGAUGGCAUUGUUUUUGUUUUUCAAUUUCAGAAAACCAGUGACAGAGAAGGCGGUGACUGGAGAUAAGACCGUGACUGCUUUCGAGAAAACAGCCGGGUGUUCGAUGUUCAUGGAAACUAUAAACUAGAAGACAAGGAGGCUGCCCUCGUCUUACUUUAGCGGCCUAAACCCCGUAAACCCCCUGACCGUACUGCCCGUAUUGGCCUCCCUACAGUUCUCAAUUCUGCCCGUCUUCUGUACGGUGAAACAUAUAUAAACAAGCAAAGAAAAAUCAAGUAACGCUUCAGUUCCCAGUCAUCUAAUCCGAACUGCCCUGAUGAGGGUUUUCGUAUUCCUCGGUUUUUGAGCUUCAAUUCUACUGUAAUAUCCGAAGAGAAGAAGAAGAAGAAGAAGAAGAAGAAGAAGAAGGGCUUGUCUCUGGUUUUGAAUAGUUCGCUUUGAUUCUUUUUUUUUUUUUUUUUUUUUCUUGGGUUCUUUCCUCGAAUAGUUUAAGCUCUCGAUCAAUUAUCAGGGUGGGUGUACUGUACUUCUUCCUCUUCAAUAUAAACUCCUUGGUUUCGACAGGAAAAAAGGGAAAUCAUUUUUUUUUUUUUUAAUUUUUGAAUCUAUUCGGUUUCGGGGAUAAGAAAAUUUUUGGGUCUGUUCGAGCUGGUGUAAUCUGAGAAGGAUGGCUUGCCAAGCGAUUCGUUCGUGGACGUUCUGCGGGUUAGUUGGGGCUUUUCUUGAUCUUGCUCUGGCUUAUCUCCUGCUCUGUGGAUCGGCGCUUGCUUUUUUUGCUUCGAAGUUCUUGGGUAUUUUUGGGUUGUACUUGCCGUGUCCCUGUAACGGGUUUUUUGGUGUUCCGAAUGGAGGUAAAUGCUUGCAGAGGUUGCUGGUUGACUGCCCAACUGGGAAGAUCUCUUCUGUUCAAAUGUCUGUUAAGAGUAAGUUCCCUUUCGAUACAUUCUGGAUGAAGGACCAAGGGUGCCAAUUGAAUGUUAAACUAUUGAGAGAUAGGGACCGCUGUGAUGGGCUGCUGGAAAUGGAAGGAGAAGCGUCCUGCAGCUCGUUCUCGGAGACGAGGAGACGAUCGCACAGCUUGGCUCUGAGGGACCUGUCACCGAGGAAUGAGAUGAUUAGGUUUGGAUUGACAAAUUCCCCUGUUGCUCGUGAAAGCAGGUCUGAUGUUAAGGGGAAGGGGGUUGUGACUCAGAAGCCACGAUCUACUCUUCGUCGUCGUCGCAGAUCCGCUGUCGAACAUGGGAAGUUCUCUUCUGUGUCGUCUUCCGAUCCUCCAAGGUUUAAUUGUCGGAACGCCCCUCGCUCCCCUUACAGUGUCAGUGAAACAGGCCAUGAAAUAAAUGAAGAGAGCUCGGAGCCUGUGAAUUAUGGAGGAGACGGCCUUAAUGAUGAUAGAGGGGUUUCCAGAGGGAUCGGGUUGGGUGAAGGAAAACUGCAUGGCUUUGAACAGAAUGAUCCAUUUGGUGAAAGUAAGUCCAUGGAGGAAGGUGGGCUUUUGGUUGAAGAACUUGUAUGCCAUGAUCGAAAUGAACUGGAUUUUGAUGGAAAGGAUGCCAACGCAAUUAGAGUCUUGGAACAAGCACUUGAAGAAGAGCAAGCUGCUCGGGCUGCAUUGUAUGUUGAGUUAGAAAAAGAAAGAAGUGCUGCUGCAACUGCUGCUGAUGAAGCCAUGGCUAUGAUAUUGCGUCUGCAAAAGGAAAAGGCAUCAAUAGAAAUGGAAGCUAGGCAGUAUCAGAGGAUGAUAGAAGAAAAGUCUGCUUAUGAUGCAGAGGAAAUGGACAUCCUUAAAGAGAUCCUCAUUAGAAGAGAGAGGGAGAAGCACUUUUUGGAGAAGGAAGUUGAAUCUUACAGGCAGGUGGUACUUGCUAGAGAUGAGAAGUUGCAAGGUAAUAAGCAUGAUUUGGCCGAAAUGUUGGAACAAAAGCCUACUUUUCCAUUUGAUUUUAGUGGGGAUCCGGUAUUGAUGCUGCAUCAAAUUAGUGAAUCCAUUGGCAAGAAGGAAAUCAUGAAAAACACCAAAAAGCCAUCAGAUAGCAUCACCCUAACUAUGGAGGAACUAAAUAGUAACCAUGUUUCUUUAGAACACCCAACAUCAGUGGACUGGGAUGAUGAUGCUGACUUUCUGAAGCGAGGUAAUAUUCAGAGAAAAGUUGGUAUUGACAAAUAUUAUUCACAAGUACGAGGAUCUAUGGAUGAAUUCAACCAAGAGUUUCAGGAGAAGGGAAUGGUCUCCAUGGACAAGAAUCCAUCUGCUCCAAAUAAAGAUGGGGCGAUAUUAGAGGCAGAUGCCAGCUUGCAUAAGUUGAAUAGCCCUCAAGAACAUGGUUUACUGGACAAAACUAUUAUUUUAAUAGAUGAAAACCAAAGACAAAAGGAUAAUCCUUUAAAAUGCCAAGGAAUGGGAGUGAAGGGUGAUCAAGGUCAUACUGGAAAUGGAUUCACCUUUCAUUGUGACAGUGAAGCUUUGGACAAGCAUGGGAAAGAUACAGGACUAGGCUAUAGUCAUGUAUAUAUUUCUAUGCAGGAGAAAGAAGCAAGUCCUCAUGAUGUUCAUAUCAUUGAUGAUAAUUCUAAGGGGGUAAGCAGAGAUUCAAGGAAGUAUCCUCUUUCUUUUGGUGACCCUUCUGGUGACAAGGGAAUUUAUGUUGUGAGUGACUGUGCAAGCAUGGGUAAGGCAGAGAUUGAACCAGACAUUCACCGGAGCAGUUCAAACAUGACAAGUGGUAGGAUGCCACCUGCAAAUGACUCACAUGGUAAAGCUUUGCCUUUAUUUUUGUGGAGAAAUUCCAAAUCUGCAGCUGAUAGUGAAAGAUGGAAAAUUGAGAAUGAAGUUGAGUGGCUUAGAGAAAGGUUACGAAUUGUGCAAGAAGGGAGAGAGAAGCUAAAUUUUUCCGUGGACUACAGAGAAAAGGAACAACUCCAGCUGCAACUUCUGGAGGAUAUUGUCACCCAGCUUCGAGAAAUUUGGCAGUUAAAAGAACCAGGAAGGGCUGCACGUCAAGCUUCAUUACCUCCUUCAUCUUCAAAGUUUCAGGUAAGCUCAAAGAAACGGCGUUGCCGAAGUUUGUCUUGUGGACUCCAUGAAAGCACCUGAACAGUGAUAAUUUCACAACUGAUUAGCAAUGAAUAUUGCUAGUUUCUUUUGCAGAUAUGGAACAUUGGUGUGCAUGCUUGAAGGUCUUCUCCACAAUAAUGCAUGGCCUUGUUUUCUGAAAUAGCAGUGUUGUUAUAUCAAUCCAAAGUUCCAAACCAUUACUUGUUAUGGGGACAGGUAAUAGGGCUCCACCUAUGAAGAGCUGCUGCAAUGUGGGCCGAUGCCUAAAUUCUAAUGCCUCUACAUUGUGAUGUAAAAAGCUUGCUCAUUUUCCAAGGAGUGGGUGACCAAAGAAAGAUUCUAGUGGCUUUGGUCUCUGUGUAAAGCCUUGCAGUUGCAGCCAAAGCAGUGGCAAUAUUCUCCCAAAAUGGAAGAUGGGGUUGUACAUACAUGUGCUGAUACAAUGCAACAAGUUUCCUACCUUAGACUCAGUAACACUUUUCAACUGCCAAUCAACAUUGCCUUAUUCAAAUCUCAACCUCUUGAGUUAAUUGUAAAUGACUACACUUUCAAUACAUGACGAUCUAGUGUUUCCUUCCUACUCAUGUUUUCUGUUUUUAGUUGUAUCUUUGCUUUGUUGGACAUCAUUGUCAGAUGAAUUUGGGGAAAAACAGGAGGAAGGAUUUUCCAUGAUGCUGCCAGCCUGCCACAUUUCUACA